AUGAGGCCGUUCGGAAAAGAGUGCCUUUUGUCGAUUCUUUUUGAGCUCUGUGUCGUCCUCUUCAUCGCUGCUGUCACGCCGUUGCUAAUCCGAUAUGCUCUUCUUCCCACGUCGGUUCAUCAUCAAUACCCUCUCAACGUCGUCUUCCAUACAUGUGAUCAUGACUUGCACAGCGUCUGUUCAUUUCCUGCCGCCACUCUGGAGUACGAAAAGAACUCGCUCUUCUCUCCGAAUGUCGCCUACUACCUGAAUGUUCGUCUGAAGUUUGCUGAUAUUUCUAACUCGAAGCAACUUGGACUCUUUCAAAAUGUUAUCACAAUCACUGGAGAGAAUGAGCGCAUUUUGAAGCAGUACACUAAAACAGCGUAUGUGAAAGAGCCAGGGCUAAUCACGAAGGCAUCACGAGUAUUCCUCUUCCCACUCUAUUUCCUCGGAUUUUUCUAUGAUUAUAGUACAUUGGCGAUUCCGAUGAGUGCCGAUUAUCUGGAAAAAAUUGAUUCACCAUCGACGAAGUUAGUCUUCACUGUUCAGGAUAAAUUUGCAAAUAUCGAAGAAGCCGAACUAAUUGUGACUGCUCGCUUUGGAUUGAUUCGACAUCUUCUUUACUACUGGCCCACCACAUCAUAUGCUGCAAUUUCUUUAUCUUUCUUCGCAUUUGGAGUCUUUAUGAUCGUUGCGAAAUUAGGAUAUCAAGAAUAUUCUGCUAGAGCGAAAAGCUUGAUAGAACGAGACAGACUGCAAAUCACGAAGUCGAAAGGAGAAAAGAAGACUGAGAAAAAUGAGAAAAAUGAGUUGAUUCCGGCAAAAAGAGCGACGGAGGAGAUAAAGAGAGAUGUCAAAAAGGAAAUUCCAGAUGCUUCAGAAGUUCGGAAACGGAAAUAA